UGUAUUUCUCCCAUUUUUCCCCUCCAUUUGACAGCUCUAACCAACAUAACGUCAGCCUUCCAGCUUCUAAAUUUGUAUGCUGUGUCGUUUACUCGGCAACGAGUUCUCCGACACUCUGAAAGAGAUCACGAGUUAUAGGCGUGUGAUCCCAGGACAACAAACGACGCUUUGUCCUCAUUUGUGGUGUCCCAACUCUCUACCUGCUCAACAUUUGUUUGUAUACACGCACACUCAAGAGAAUUGAGAUCGGGGGGACAACUUAUUGGAGAAACAACAUCUGGGCCAAAACUCAUCGCAAACGGAUUCUAGUGUCAAUUCGAUUCAAUGGCGACAACGAACGCUUCACGUGAAGAUGGGGAGGAAGUUGCCAAUGAGCGAUCCCCGUUGUUGAGCAAUCACGAUGUUCCGGAAGUGGAUGUACGGGUCUACAAGAUGCGAUGGUACAUUCUGGUGGUAUUUUCCUUACUGGGCAUUUACCAGGGCAUGGUGUGGAACACUUUUGGACCCAUUUCGUCGUCUGUUUUGGCUGUGUUUUGUCCGGAAUGGACCGAUGCCACUCUUGCCUUGUACGGGAAUUGGGGUAAUAUCAUGUACAUAAUCCCCGUCAUUCCGGUCAUGUGGUUCUUUGUGAAUAAAGGUCUUCGGGCGUCCAUGGUCCUCACAUCCUCGCUUAUGCUCAUUGGAACAAUGUUAAGAGUCUUCCCUGUCAAAGUCAGCGUUUUCACCGUAAUGUGCCAUAUUUGUGCCAUUUUGAACGGCAUCGCCGGGAUCGUCAUCUUCUCCGCUCCAUCUGCGGUGUCAUCGGCUUGGUUUCCGCCCGAGGAACGGACCACGGCCACGGGCGUGGCCAUUGUCUUCAAUAACUUGGGCAAUGCCGUUUCGUUCCUCUUGGGUCCGGCUAUUGUCCCAGGAACCAAUGGAACACAUUGGCAUAACGCAAGCGCAUCCCUGGCUUUAGAGGAGGUGCUUGGUCAGGAGAGCAACAAUUCAUGCCCAGUUGUGCCUGAAGGCGAAGCGGAGAAAAUGGAACAAGGUGUGGCACACCUCAUGUAUUUAGAGUUUGGCAUGGUGGCUGCUUGCUUUCUGGCCAUCUUGAUCUAUUUCCCGUCCAAACCUAAACAUCCCCCAAGUUUAACAUCGGCCAUGGAACGCAUGGAAUUCGGUCCCGGGCUGAAGAAGAUAUGCACAAACCGCAAUGCCUUACUGAUGACCCUGAGCUUCAGCCUGUUUAAUGGCUUGAUUGCCUCUUGGUAUUCCGUCAUGAACAUCACAUUCGAACCCUUGCCAUUGGGCAAUGCAGAUGAUAAAGACAGGAUUAUCGGUUAUAUCGGGCUGUGGGCCAUCGUUGGGAACAGCGUGUCCGCCAUUCUCGUGUCUCGCAUGGUCGAUUCUAUUCGAGGUCGGAUGAAAUUGACCUUGUUGGUCUUGAUGAGCCUCGGCAUUCUAUGCUGGAUUUGGUUAGGCCUGCUUUGCCUCCGAGUCAUCCCGUUCUCAUUGAUUCAACUGUACGUAUCCACCAUUGCGGCUAGUGCCCUCACUUACUCCACGGGACCGAUCUUCUUUGAAUUCACUGUGGAGCUCGUCUAUCCCGUACCUGAAGGCAUUGUGGGCGGAUUUCUCACCACGGUUUACAACUCGAUUGGAAUGAUCUUUCUCUUCCUAUUUUACGUGCCACAAAUUGCCAUUCAUCCACAUUGGAUACCAUAUGCCAUCAUGGGGUCGACGGUGAUUUCGUUUCCGUUGAUGCUACUUGUUCAAGAGCAAUACAAUCGAGCUUCGUUGGACCUUGCCAUAUAGCAUACGCUUCUCACAAUUUUUUAAUUAAUACCGACAAGCCGUCCAAUACAUUCAUGCAUUUGUCUACCGUCGAGAAAA